AUGGCCGCUAGAAACUUACGCCUCAUAUUCCUUCAGGUGAUGUGGUUCGUGGCAGCCUUCCAUGACGCUGCAGCGACGACGUGUUUCGUCUCGGAUGACAACGCCUACCAAGAACAAGUUUGCCCGGCCUUUGUGUUCUGGGAUGAGCCCUCGCCGCUGGACAUGACAGCGCUGCCGGCACUUCUCGACCAUCACAUCGACUGGCAACCAUGGGCAUUCGAUCACGGCAGAAAACUACAAAAACUGCUGUCGCACCCUGUCACUUCGGGAUCUGGCGCCGACAUGGCCGCUAGAAACUUACGCCUCAUAUUCCUUCAGGUGGUGUGGUUCGUGGCAGCCUUCCAUGACGCUGCAGCGACGACGUGUUUCGUCUCGGAUGACAACGCCUACCAAGAACAAGUUUGCCCGGCCUUUGUGUUCUGGGAUGAGCCCUCGCCGCUGGACAUGACAGCGCUGCCGGCACUUCUCGACCAUCACAUCGACUGGCAACCAUGGGCAUUCGAUCACGGCAGAAAACUACAAAAACUGCUGUCGCACCCUGUCACUUCGGGAUCUGGCGCCGACAUGGCCGCUAGAAACUUACGCCUCAUAUUCCUUCAGGUGUGUUAUUCUUACCUUCCUAUUAACGGUAAACCUUUCAAGAAAUCGGCGCCAGAACCCACUACGACUGUGAUUGUGCGUUUCGUGACCUCGUUUUGUUUGGGAUGUACGCGUCUUGUCCAAAAUCUUCUUUUGCUUGCCGGUGACGUAGAGCAAAACCCAGGGCCCCUGUCUCCCGAGCAGGAAAAGCAGAUGUUUGACGUUAUCAUGACCAUACCGUCAAUGCAACAAAGACAUUCGGAAAUUCUUGAAGAAGUCCGUUCUAUUAGAAAUCACCAGCAGAUUCUCGAUCAAAAGGUGACGGCACUAACAGACAAGAUAAAGCAGGUUGAAGAUAAUGUAGCUUCCGUACUCCCGCUAAAGACUGAAGUGGCACGCCUUGCAACUCAAUCCGAUAAGCUUGCCUCAAGUAUCACGACCUUACAGGACUCUCACGAUGACCUAGAUAAUAGGUCUCGCAGAAACAACUUAAUAUUUUUUGGCAUUCCAGACGUUCAAAAUGAGACAUGGGCUACUUCAGAGGAAAGAAUUGUGUCAUUUUGUUCUGAAAAACUGAACAUCCAGAUUGAUUCUGCUGCGAUCGAAAGAGCUCAUAGACUAGGGCGUUUUACGCUCACAAAAAAGCGGCCCGUGAUAGUGAAGUUCCUAUCAUUUCAAGAUAAGCAGCGAAUACUCUCAGUCGUUGGAAGGCUAAAAGGAUCGGAGUUUUCGAUUAGUGAAGACUACUCGCAAAAAGUUCGCUUGGAAAGACAAAGAUUGCUUAAGUUUGCUAAGGACCGCGGAGGGGACUUCAAACUGCAUUUCAACAAGCUAAAAAUGGCUAAUCAGACUUUCAUUAAUGACAGUACUACAGACACUGUGACGAGGAUGGAGAGAUAA